CCCAGUCCCGGGCACUGGGGACUCAGGCCCGGGAGGGAGGGAGGGUUCCUGGGAGGGAACCCGGGAAGGAACUUGGGAAGGGCCCAGCCACCCGCAAUGGGCUCCGCUGACUUGGACGUGACCAUUCAGAUCCCGGAUCCACCCCACCUGCGCUGUCUGGAAACGAGCACGGAUAUCGAGAAGAAAGACAAAGGGACGGAGCAGCCGGUGGUGAUUCUGCUGGGCUGGGGAGGCUGCACAGACAAAAACCUGUCCAAGUACAGCAGCAUCUACUACAACAGGGGAUGCAUCGUGAUCCGUUAUAUCGCCCCCUGGCAGCUGGCCUUCUUCUCGGAGCCCUUCGGCAUCCCGGCCCUGCGCACCCCCGCCAAGAAGCUGCUGGAGCUGCUCUUCGACUAUGAGAUCGAGAAGAAGCCGCUCCUGUUCCACGUGUUCAGCAACGCGGGGGUCAUGCUGUACCGCUACGUCAUCGAGCUGAUCCACACCCAUCGCCAGUUCAGCCACCUGCGGGUGGUGGGCACCAUCUUCGACAGCGCCCCCGGCAACCGCAACCUGGUGGGGGCCGUGCGGGCGCUGUCGGCCAUCCUGGAGAACAAGCGGCCCGCCCUGCGCAUCUUCCUCCUCCUCACCUUCGCCGUGGCGGUGGUCAUCAUGCGGCUGCUGCUGUCCCCCAUCACCGCCCUCUUCCACGUCAACUACUACGACGCGCUCAUGAAGCAGUCAUCGCGCUGGCCCGAGCUCUACCUCUACUCCAAAGCGGACCGGAUCAUCCGGGCCAGUGACAUCGAGCACAUGGUGGUGGCCCGGCUGGAGCAGCAGGUGCUGGUGCGAGCCGUGGACUUCACCGCCUCGGCCCACGUCAGCCACAUGCGGGACUACCCCACCUACUACACCAGCCUCUGCCUGUCCUUCCUCUACAAUUGUGUGCACAGCUGAGGGCUCAGCCCCCCGGCCGGCCAUCCAUCGGCGCCCCCCGCCCCCCAGAAAUAAAAGUUGGCUUCCCCUCCA